CUCCUCUCCCCAGUUGCGAGGUCCAGGGAACCCCCGAGCCGGUGGGGACUGAGCUGUCGGGCUCGAGUCCGCGUCUUCACUUUGUGUCAGACCCUGCGGGGGCUGGAGAAGAAGGGAUCUGGGUGGAGGCACUCGGCCCCAGCCCCCUGUCCGGCCGGGGAGACCCCGGAACCCUAUCGAGGAGGCAGGUCACUUCCUGCUUCCUGGUCCCCGCGGUGGCUUCUUGGCCAGAACUGCGGAGACGCCUCCUGUUUCUCCGCCUCCGACCCAAAGGGUGGAAAACGAGGCAGAUCGGGGGUGGGGCGGUCCCAUGGGGAUCGAAGAGGGAGAAUUGCUGUUCGUGACAAAACCAAACUUGUUUGGGGUGGGAGGAUGAGGACUGGGGGGAUUAGCUUGAGUUGUCCCUUGGUCAGAAAGCCAGCCCCACUGACCGGAGCGGAGCCUUGGUCGGGAGCCCUCCGUAGCCCAAGAGAUCGAAGCCUGUCGUUCUGAAUAGUCUCAAGCGGAGCCGAGGUGCCGGGGUGAAGAGUAAGAAAAUUGAAGUCAAAGAUCAUGGGAGAUGCCACAAAACCUUAUUUUGUGAGGCGUGCUAAAGAGCGAGGGACUACAGAUGAUGAGGAUUUCAGAAGGGGUCACCCCCAGCAAGAUUAUUUAAUAAUGGAUGAUUAUGCUAAAGGGCAUAGCAGUAAAAUGGAAAAAGGCCUUCCAAAAAAAAAAGGAACACCAGGGAACUAUGGGAAUACCCCCAGAAAAGGACCAUAUGCUGUUUCUAGCAAUCCAUAUGCAUUUAAGAACCCAAUUUACAGUCAACCCGCUUGGAUAAAUGACAACCACAAAGAUCAGAGUAAAAGAUGGCUAUCUGAUGAACUUGCUGGUAAUUCAGACAGUUGGAGAGAAUUCAAACCUGGACCUAGAAUUCCUGUUACAAACCGACCAAGAAGAGACUCUUUUCAAGAAAGUGAAGAUGGGUAUAGGUGGCAAGAUGGAAGAGGGUGCAGAACUGUAAGACGACUAUUUCAUAAAGACCUGGCAAGCCUCGAAACUAUGUCAGAAAUGGAAGCAGGAAGCCCUGAAAACAAGAAGCAGAGGUCCAGACCUAGGAAGCCGCGGAGGACUAGAAAUGAGGAAAAUGAACAGGAUGGAGACUUGGAAGGCCCUGUGAUUGAUGAGUCUGUGCUUUCAACUAAGGAGCUACUGGGCUUACAGCAGGCUGAGGAGCGAUUGAAAAGAGACUGCAUUGACAGGCUGAAAAGGCGACCGAGAAACUACCCUACAGCAAAGUACACCUGCAAACUCUGUGAUGUUUUAAUUGAAUCCAUUGCAUUUGCUCAUAAGCAUAUCAAAGAGAAGAGACACAAGAAAAACAUUAAGGAGAAGCAGGAGGAAGAGUUGCUCACCACGUUACCCCCGCCUACACCCUCCCAGAUAAAUGCGAUUGGUAUUGCCAUUGACAGAGUGGUACAGGAGUUUGGCUUACACAAUGAGAACUUGGAACAGAGACUAGAAAUUAAACGUAUCAUGGAAAAUGUGUUCCAACACAAGUUACCAGAUUGUUCUCUGAGAUUAUAUGGGUCAUCCUGUAGCAGACUGGGUUUCAAAAAUUCGGAUAUAAACAUUGACAUUCAAUUUCCAGCCAUUAUGUCUCAGCCAGAUGUUCUCUUACUUGUCCAAGAAUGUUUAAAGAACAGUGACUCUUUUAUUGAUGUUGACGCAGAUUUCCACGCUAGGGUGCCAGUGGUGGUGUGCAGAGAAAAGCAAAGUGGUCUUCUUUGUAAAGUGAGUGCAGGAAAUGAAAAUGCUUGUCUGACAACAAAUCAUUUAACUGCCCUUGGAAAACUAGAAUCAAAGCUGGUUCCUUUGGUGAUUGCAUUUAGGUACUGGGCAAAGCUUUGCAGUAUAGAUCGCCCUGAAGAAGGAGGUUUGCCACCUUAUGUGUUUGCCCUGAUGGCCAUUUUCUUUCUUCAACAGAGGAAAGAACCCCUUCUGCCUGUUUAUCUAGGAUCAUGGAUUGAAGGAUUCUCAUUAAACAAACUAGGGAAUUUCAACCUUAAAGAAAUUCAGAAAGACUCUGUGGCCUGGGAGUACACUGAUAAUGCUGCAGGGGACGCAGACUCAGCAAAAGAAGAGGCACCAAAAGAAAUGCCCGUUAAAAGGGGACAGGUAUCAUUAAUAUUUGAUUUAAAACACCAGCCUUCAGUACCGGUUGGGCAGCUCUGGGUGGAAUUGCUUCGAUUCUAUGCUUUAGAAUUUAAUUUGGCUGAUUUAGUGAUAAGUAUCCGUGUCAAAGAAUCGGUAUCUCGUGAAUCAAAGGAUUGGCCCAAAAAGCGCAUUGCCAUUGAAGAUCCCUACUCUGUUAAAAGAAAUGUGGCAAGGACCCUAAAUAAUCAACCUGUGUUUGAAUAUAUACUUCAUUGUUUAAGGACAACGUAUAAAUAUUUUGCUCUUCCACACAAAAUUACAAAAUCCAGCCUUCCAAAGCCUCUGAGUACUGAUACCUGUACUUCCAAACAUUCUAAAGAAGUAGCAAAACGUGAUCCAGAUGUACAAGCAAAAGAUGAUAAACUCAAAACCUCAGUUUUGGCUCAAGGUCCUGGUGCUGCCAGUUUAACUGCGAGCACCUGCAAGGUACCAUCACUUACUCUUAAAGAGACUGCUGAAAGCUUUGAAAGCCCAUCAACAGAGGAAAUGGGAAACACACACAUCAGUGUCCACCUGGAAAACUCAGACUAUAUCAAGGCAGAGGUCACUUGCGAUGACUCUGAGGAUGUUAAAGUACAUCAUCAAGAAACAGGAAGUAAAGAUGAGAAAGAACAAUGUGGAAUGGAGGGCAAGCAUCCUUUGACUGCUGAUGAUCAAGCUUUAAGUAGUAGCAAACCUGGAGAGCUUGUCAUCUGUGGCAGCCCAGGAAGUGACGAGACUCAUGGCACUUUGCAUUUAAAAGGCUUCGAAAAUCCUACAGCUAAAGAGUGUGACGAAUUUGCUACUUUAGAUGACAAGGCUGAUGUUGAUGAAGAAAGCAUUGAAGGUACAGAUGAACUUGGAGAUGCUCUAAGCCAUUUUACCCCUUCAAAACAGGGUCAGACAUCAGGAAUCAUUCACUCUGAUGAAGAAGAGGAGGAGGAAGAGGAGGAGGAGGAAGAACCCAGGCUCUCCAUUUCCCGAAGGGAAGAUGAGGAUGAUGUUGCUAACGAAGAUGAGUUAGACAACACCUACACUGGAUCAGGGGAUGAGGAUGCCCUGUCUGAAGAGGAUGAGGAAUUAGGUGGAUCUGCUAAGUAUGAAGACUUGAAAGAAUGUGGAAAACACCAGGUGGAUGGAAAUCUACUAAUGGAACUUAAUAAAAUCAGUCUUAAAGAAGAAAAUGUAUGCGAGGAAAAUUCAACUGCGGAUCAGUCUGAUUUCUUCUAUGAAUUUAGUAAACUCAUCUUCACCAAAGGCAAGUCUCCUACAGUAGUAUGCAGUUUAUGCAAACGAGAGGGUCAUCUAAAGAAGGACUGUCCCGAAGACUUCAAAAGAAUCCAGCUGGAACCUUUGCCACCAUUAACACCCAAAUUUUCAAAUAUCUUAGAUCAAGUUUGCAUUCAGUGUUAUAAGGAUUUUUCUCCAACAAUUUUAGAAGAUCAGGCACGUGAACAUAUUCGGCAAAACCUAGAAAGUUUCAUAAGACAAGAGUUUCCAGGAACUAAACUGAGCUUGUUUGGCUCCUCCAAAAAUGGAUUUGGGUUCAAACAGAGUGACCUUGACGUCUGUAUGACAAUUAAUGGACUUGAAACUGCUGAGGGGUUGGACUGUGUAAGAACUAUUGAAGAAUUGGCAAGAGUCCUCAAAAAACAUUCAGGGCUGAGAAACAUCUUGCCUAUUACAACAGCAAAGGUGCCAAUUGUAAAGUUCUUCCAUUUGAGAAGUGGUCUGGAAGUGGACAUCAGUUUGUAUAACACAUUGGCCCUUCAUAACACAAGGCUCUUAUCUGCUUAUUCAGCCAUUGAUCCCAGAGUGAAAUAUUUGUGCUAUACCAUGAAAGUAUUUACAAAGAUGUGCGAUAUUGGCGAUGCUUCUAGAGGCAGCUUAUCGUCAUAUGCAUACACGCUUAUGGUGCUAUAUUUUCUCCAGCAGAGGAACCCACCAGUCAUUCCUGUCCUUCAAGAGAUAUACAAAGGUGAAAAGAAACCUGAAAUAUUUGUUGAUGGCUGGAAUAUUUAUUUUUUUGAUCAAAUAGAUGAACUGCCCACCUAUUGGCCAGAAUAUGGAAAAAAUACAGAAUCUGUUGGGCAGCUAUGGUUGGGACUUCUUCGUUUCUACACAGAGGAAUUUGAUUUUAAAGAACAUGUUAUUAGCAUCAGGAGAAAAAGUCUGCUUACAACUUUUAAGAAACAGUGGACAUCAAAAUACAUUGUUAUUGAAGAUCCAUUUGAUUUGAAUCAUAAUCUUGGAGCUGGAUUAUCAAGGAAAAUGACAAAUUUUAUAAUGAAAGCAUUUAUAAAUGGGAGAAGAGUAUUUGGUAUUCCAGUCAAAGGAUUUCCAAAGGACUACCCCUCAAAAAUGGAGUACUUUUUUGAUCCAGAUGUGCUAACUGAAGGCGAGCUGGCCCCAAAUGAUAGAUGUUGCCGAAUUUGUGGGAAAAUUGGACACUUCAUGAAGGACUGUCCUAUGAGGAGAAGAGUGAGGCGACGGCGAGAUCAGGAAGAUACACUGAACCAAAGAUACCCCGAGAACAAAGAGAAAAGAAGCAAAGAAGACAAAGAAAUUCAAAACAAGUACACAGAGAGGGAGGUAUCAACAAAAGAAGAUAAGCCCAUGCAGUGCACACUUCAGAAAGCCAAGCCAGUGAGAGCAGCUGUUGACCUGGGGAGAGAGAAAAUUCUCAGGCCACCAGUGGAAAAAUGGAAGAGACAAGACGACAAAGACUUAAGAGAAAAACGUUGUUUUAUUUGUGGAAGAGAAGGGCAUAUUAAAAAGGAAUGCCCACAGUUUAAAGGCUCUUCAGGUCUGUCUAAAUCUGAUUGUGUAUUUGGAUCCCCUUCUUCACCUAGCCCUUUGAGACCAACUGGCACAUUUGUUCAGGCAGUGCUUUUACAUGAAGACCAAAAGAAACAAAAAACAUCUAUAUUUUUGAGUCCCCAGUCAGGUUAAGAUGGUGACUACCUCAGGCCCAUUCUGUCUGUCAUGUCCCCCUCCAUCCCAGAGGAUCCAUUAUUAUGACUUCAGGUACCAGUUCUUUUUAAGCCCUUACUUAUGUAUCCUUUAAUAUACAUAUCCUUGGUGAAUAUUUAAAUUUAAAUGACAUAUCACACUGUAUAAUAAGAAUGUUCUACAACCUGCUUUUUUAUAUCUAUUUAACGAAAUUACUUUGAAAUUUAUAUAUGUUGUUGUAUAUAGAUUUAGCCUCUUUCUUUACAGUAUUGCAUCAUACAAAUACAGAAUAUUUUAUGUAGCCAUUACCUAGUACGUGAACAUUUAGAUUACCUCUGAUUUUUUCCUAUUAUAAACAGUGUUGUAAUGAUCAUUCUUGUGUGAGUCUUCUUGAGCAUGUUUUAGAGAUUCUAUAGGGUUUGAGUACCUAGAAGUCAAAUUGUUGGGUCAUAGCGCAUUUUCAUAUGUGCAUAUGUGCCUUUUCAGUUUAGUUAGAUAUUGUCGUAUACCCUCUCAUUGGUUGAAACAAUUAUCACUCCCAUCAGCAGUUUUUAUUCUUACAAAUCUGAUGAGUGAGAAAUACUUUGGUGUUGUUCUAAUGGGUAUUUUUUUGACUCUGGUGAUGCUAAGCACCUUUUUCUAUGUUAACUGGCCAGUUGGAGUUCCUCUUCUAUAAAUGGUCUGUUCAGAUCAUUUGCCCGUUUUCCUGUUGCAUUAUCAUUUCCUUAAUAAUUUACAAGCGUUCUUCAUUCUGAAUACUGAGCAUUUAUUAUUAUAUACUUCCUUAAUAUCUUCCUCCAGUAUGUCUUGUCUUUCACCUUGUAUCUAUUGCCACUUCAGUUUUUAAUUUUGAGAUAAUCAGAUGAUUGGUUUUCCCUGAUUAGUUUUCAUGGACAUGUGAUUCAUGAUUUUAGGGUUAUCUUUCAGAAAUUCUUCCCUAGCCUGAGGUUAUAAAGAUAUACAACUGUAUUUUUUUCUAUUAGCUUUAAAACCUUAUUUUUCCUAUUUAGAUCUUUAAUCCAUCCGAAGUGUGUGUAGAAUAUGAGGUGCAGUGAUCUAAAUUUUUGUCCUUCAAGUGAAAAGCCUGUCCUCAAUACUUUGUGCAGUUCAGAAUAUCAAAGAUGUGUAUUUUUGACCAGUAGACACUCCGUGGUAUAAAUAUGGUAUUUAUACACAAGCAGAGUACUUUGAAUCUUCCUGACAUAGCACUCAUUUUUCACUGUGAGUUGACUAUCUAGAUGUCCUGCUUCGAAAAGUUUGCUUUUGGGGGGCAUAAGUUUAUAUUUGCAUACUUAAUAUUUUGGCUUUGGACAUUUUAGAAAGUAUAGUUUAAGCAAAAUGAAAAUAAAAGCCAUUUAUACUUGUCCCGUUCUAGAGCAUUAACUAUUGUUUAGGUUUUGGAGGUAAAAUCUUCCCAGCUUUUUACAUCAGUGUAAUGAUAAUAGUUAGCAUUUAUUGAGUACUUUCUAUGUGCCAGUUUCAGUUGCUUUACAUGUAUUAAUUAAUUUAAUCGUCACAAUAACUCCAAGGGGGUAGGUGUUAUUGCCCUUAUUUUACAGAUAAGGAAAAUGAAGCGCCAAAUAGCUGAUUGGUAGGGUUUUUCCUUUUUUAAUUUUUAGUUUUAAUGGAAAUAUUAUUCAUGUGGUUUUAUAAACUGCUUUUUUCAUGUUAUUAAUUAUCCUCUGCAUACCUAAUAAUCCUAUUUUGUUCAUGAUAUACUUAGUCAUAUCACAAGUUCUGGACAUUUGAGUUGUUUGCAUACUUAAGUUAUUGUAAGGUUUGUAUGAAUAUUCCUUUACCAAAAUUUCUACCCACUUCCCUGUCCUUCUGCUUUUCCUUCAAACAAUUUGGUGGUUAGGAAUUGGUAUCUUGUUUGCAUUUCUUUGAUUACCCAUUGAUAUUGAAUAUUUUUUUGUGCUGUCUUUUUCUCUUUCAUAUAUUGCUUUUUCUUUCACCAGCUAUCUAUUGGUGUUCAUCUUUUCUCUAUUGAUUUGUAACUUCUUUAGUACUAAGCACAGAAAGCCUUUUUCAUAAAUAAAAUAUAAUGUGAUGUACUUAGGAAACUGUUUCCCCACCCCAAGAUUGUAUAAAUAGCCACUACUUCUUAUACUUUGACUCUCUUAUAUUUAAUUCUAUAAUUCAUUUGGAAUUAGGUGGGGAGGAAAAGUAUGAUGUGAGGGAGGAAACUUCUCUAACCCUUUUCUUCCAAAAUUACUUAUUUGACACAAUACCAGUUAUUGAACAAUCCAUACUUUCCCCCAUUGAUUUGAAAUGUAUAUAAUCAAUGUGUAUAACCUUUGUUAUAUACUACUUUCUUACAAGUAAUCACUUAAGAAUUUCUCAGUUUUCUUGCUUCGUUGAUCGAUUUGUUUAGACUCCAGAACAGAACUUAUUAACUGUUCUGUGGUAUGCAUUUAAUUAGCAGUCUUUAUUUCUGUCCUUCACCUGUAAAUAUAAUAAAUUUCCUUUUUUUCUUUUAAAUCAAUGACUUAUGGCUACAAUAUCACCAUUCACAGCUUCGUGUCGUCAGAGUAAUGACCCAAGAUAUAUAUUUCUGACCAAAGUAUUCUUUGCAAUCUAUUCUGUUUGGUUGCAGAUGCAGAGCAGAGCCUUUAAAAGUUCACCUGGCCUUCUGUACCAAUAUGUAAAUAGUGAGCAUGCAAAUGUAUUAAAAUGACGUCACUCUAGCAACUCGUCUGCAUUUAGAAAGAAUGUGACGAGGCUUAUGUUUAAUAGAUAAUGUUCUAUAUAUACCUUUUUACAAUAUAUCUAGCCAAAUUACUUGAUUCAAAACAAGUGACCAGUAUGAAAAGUUUCUGUGAAUAAUUAACAA